GAAUAUUUUUUUAUAACUCAGGAUAACCGGUUUAAUGUACUAAAUCUAGGUUGUAGAAAAUUGCCAGGUUUUGGGUCAGCUCUUUUAUUUGGAAAAGCAGAUAGAUUUUUCCACAUACCAUAUAGGCUGACUACAGAUUAUUGGGAGUGUCGUCAGUUUCGUGUCACAGACCAGGUGUAUCUUGAUAUCCACAAUGAAGACGGACAUCUAGGCAGGGUUGUGAUUGGUUUAUUUGGUGAUCUUGCUCCUAAAGCUGUCAAGAACUUUAUAGUUCUGGCCACUGAGGGCAUUAAGGGAAAGUCAUAUAAAGGAACUAGCUUCAAUCGCAUCAUCAAGAGGUUUAUGAUACAAGGUGGAGAUGUGGUGUCUGAUGACGGUUAUGGAUCAAUUAGUAUCUACGGCGAAACUUUCGAGGAUGAAAAUUUGGAUGUCCAACACAGCAUGUCUGGAUUUGUGUCCAUGGCAAAUAAAGGAAAAGAUACAAAUGGGUGUCAGUUCAUAAUAACAACACGUGGUACACCAUGGUUAGAUGGCUUGCAUACUGUAAUAGGAAAGGUGGUGGAAGGUCAGAACACGGUCCACGUGGUGGAGCACACGCCGACGGACGGCGAGGACCGGCCCACGCGCCGCGUGUACAUCGCGGAUUGUGGGCUCGUGCCCACGCCGCAGCCCUUCUACAUCUCCGACGACCCUUACGAUCUGUGGGCGUGGAUCAAGGCGUCGGCGGUGCCUCUGACGAUGUCCUUCUCCAUCCUCGGCUUCUUCCAGUGGAUGAUGACGAAGAUGGAAAUAUAAUUUGUAAGUUAGUUAUUAUAAAUAACCUUACUUAUCAACUGAAAUAAAAUUCCACCAUUAGU